GCACUCGCUGUCCCACUGAGAAAGAAGAGCGGAGGAGAAGGUGGGGGUGGGGCUGGCGAAUAGGGGGCGUUCGUCAAAGGCUUUCAGCCUUCAGGUGGCGCCAUUGAGCUACGGAACCUCACGAGUCCUAGAAGACCGUCCGGACCUAAGGACCUGGGACCUACCUGGGGGCCCUGUGUGUGGGGCGAGAGCGGGGAGGGCUAGGGCGGGAAGGCAGCGUCAGAGCUUGGCGCAGUCCGGACUCUCCCGCGAAGGAGACCGGCAAGCAGCGGGGGAGGGGUCCUCUUCAGCACACCCCCCCAACGCCUCGCCCUUGGGCCAGGGCAACUCGCGCUCGAAGCUUCAGUUUCCCUAGCCCGCAGAUCAGCCCUGAGAGAGCGGGAGAAGGAUGGAGCUAUGGCCCCCCACCCUUACCCCAGUCUGUUACCCGCCUCCCAGUCCCUCCCCACGCUAACUCUCCGGGCGCCCUCGCUGGCUGCGGGCGGAGCUCGAUCCGAGGCGCUCCGCGAUCCCCGGCUCCCGCCCCUUCCCUCGUCCCUCCUCCCCGGAGCCCCCCAGCGGCCCCGGCCGACGCCGUGUAGCCCCGCGCGGCUUCAGCAGCUGCCAAGGGGCCAAGGGAUGAGCUGGGGCUCUCCUUCCCAAUGGCAUCCCCCCCUGGGCUGGAACUGAAGACACUGAGCAACGGUCCGCAGACCCCAAGGAGACCAGCUCCUCUAGGCCUUGGGGCCCCAUCCAGGGAGGGUGUGGAGAAUGCCUGCUUCUCCUCAGAGGAGCAUGAGACCCAUUUCCAGAACCCGGGGGUCAUCAGACUGGGCAGCUCCCCCAGCCCCCCCGGGGGUGUCCCCUCAAGGGCCCGAUCCCAGCGGGAUGAUCUGUCCCUGCAUUCGGAAGAGGGGCCAGGCCUGGAGCCCGUGAGCCGCCCGGUGGAUUAUGGCUUCGUUUCUGCUCUGGUUUUCCUGGUGAGUGGGAUCCUCCUGGUGGUGACAGCAUACGCCAUUCCCCGUGAGGCCCGCAUCAACCCAGACUCCGUGACGGCGCGGGAGAUGGAGCGACUGGAGAUGUACUACGCCCGCCUGGGGUCCCACCUGGACAAGUGCAUCAUCGCGGGCCUGGGGCUGCUCACAGUGGGCGGCAUGCUCUUGUCGGUGCUGUUGAUGAUCUCCCUGUGCAAGGGCGAGCUCUACCGCCGGCCGACCUUCGUCCCCGGCAGGGGCUCCAGGAAGACAUACGGCUCCAUUAACCUGCGCAUGAGACAGCUCAAUGGGGACGGGGGCCAGGGCCUGGUGGAGAACGAGGUGGUCCAGGUCUCAGAGACCAGCCACUCCCUGCAGGGGUCUUAAAUAAGAGCCCGCCUGAUCUAGCUGCUUCAGCUCCAGGGCUGCAAGCCCCCAAGGCCACGGGUUUUAGACUGAGCUCCACACAGGGCCCUGGGGAAAGAGUCUUAGGUGCUGGAAGGGGAGUCGGGGGCCUGGCUCAGGCUCCACCAUGCAGGGCAGCCCCCUUGGUCUGUUUUGGAGCUUCAGGUUUUGCAUAAGGUUUUGUUUGGAGGGUGGCUUCCGCUGCUAAAAACACAGAAGAUCGGGAACCGCUGCCCUUGGAGGAUGAGGUUUCUUGGCAAUUCUCAGCACUGAGAGCAGUUUGAAAGGCUGCCCAUCCUCUUCUUUAUGCCUUGGGGAAUUCCGGGAUCUCUGGAGUCCUCAUCAGCAAAGGAUGGGUGUUAGGUGGCUUUGGAGGAGUCCCUUUCAGCCCUGACCAUCUAAAGUGGGAGGUAGCCUCACCGUGAGGGGAGAAGUCAGCGCUGGGGUGACCGUCCCCUCUCCGGGCCAGUCCCCCUGACUAAAAGUGAGGGUUGGACUGGACCAUCCCUUGGGCCCUCCAGGUCAGCCCUAGGAAUGGGUGCCCAGUAUCUGCUUCUGGCCACUUUUUCGAGGGGAGAAGGGUGUCCGGCAGGAGCUCACCAUUCUCCGUGCCAUAACCCGGCCUGGCCUCAGUGGCCGCCACUUUCAGACAGCCGGCAGCUGGCACUCCUGCUGGAGUUCCCUAGGUCUCCCGGUGAUGCCGGGUUAAAUCCAAAAUUCAAGAUUUUGGUCUUAGGGUGAAAUUUCCUGCAGUGACUAGGUCUUAGCACAUAUUUCACAAAGUCAAGUGCACAGUUUUCAGCAACUCCCGGAACAAGAGGGGUCUUUUACACCAGGAAGGGCGAGGGCUGUGUUGUGUUUCUGUGGACGCGGUGUGGGCCUGCACCCCCACGCCUCCUCCAGAGUGUGUCUCUUGUGCCUGACUUUCUUCUGACGGCACAAAAAACAAAUGUGGGUUUUUUUUUUUAGUUCUGAAUUUGUAAUGUCCCCUCUCUCCCCCAUUCUUUGCAACAAAGUGCCGUUCCAGAAUAUUUGGGGAGAAAUCAGGCACAUUUGGGGGGCCUGGAGACUCCAGCCACAUUGAUUGCGGUAUGUUCUGUUUUUGUUGGGGAGUUUCCAGGCUCCAUCCAGACUCUUUUUAGACUUCUGGCAGGGAGAGAAAGUGGGUUCUAGGGGGCAUGGAGAUACAGGUGUCUGAGGACUGGGGGACGCAUCGUCCAGUCUGGAUGGCCCUAGAAGGCGUUGAGAGUACAAGCCUUCUAGACCCUAAAGGAGUCAUUUCGGUGAGCCCCUGACUCCAUGCAGGUCCUGCUCACUCCACCUCAGCGGGCCACGUGGGCCGUGGAUCCUGACUGUCCGUUGGGGUUGGGGGGGGCGGCUGGGCACAGGGUGUGUAGGCUGGAACAGCCCCCGUCCGAGCUGUAACCUGAGCCUUCUGUCUGGUGAGCGAAACAUCUGGGCAGUGUACCACCGCAGCUCCCAGGACAGAUUGAGUGUCUGCCUCUGCUGCAGGUUUUGCCAGAAGCACAGGGCUGGGGGAGGGCUGGAGGGGACGAGGGCUGUCCGACUUGGCCCGCCAGGUGCUGUUCCUGAGGUCCAAGGGAUGUGGUUUGGAAAGAGCAAAGCUUCAAGAUAGUGAGAGAGUCACAAGUCAGGGCUUCCGCUGCGGCAUCAGUUUCUCACAGGCUCCAAACAGGGAGCGGGUGCAGGGAGUGGCACGGGCCGCUCCAGGGGAGCCACAGCGGAAUCGCACAUCCCAGACGAUGAGCUGAGGCCCUUCAAAUUCAUAAUGAUAAUAAAAGUAUCCACCCAAGCCAUCUGGAUUACUGUGGUGGUGGGGGCCCCCUUUGAAAACUAAAUCUGUUGGGUGGGUGAAUCUGGGACCAUCAAUUCCUAUAGUUUAAAUGCAAUGAAUUGUAUUUAGGGACUAAAUCGGGAGAUCAAG